AUGGCGGGCCGCCUUGCUUCGUUUAGACCCUUUGGAUUGGUGUGCGCGAGAAUCGCGUCGCGGGCGUCAUCCCCGUUAUUGAAUUGCUCGUUUGCCACCCUGAAACCAUCGGCGCGUGCGUCGUCACAGUCGUGGGACGAGCUGAGCCAACCCACAGGCGAGUGGCAGAGCACGCUGGGAGCGCCAGUAGCGGUGUCGGGCGUGGGGCUGCAUCUGGGCCUUCCCACCACCGUUACGCUGCUGCCCGCCCCUGCUGCCUCGGGUCGGGUCUUCCACGUGGUGCUUGGGGGGGAUGGCGGAGGGGGAGAGGUGGACAGGGUUGCAACAGGAGCUGGGAGGGAAGGGAGAGUGGUGGAGAUCGGUGCAGAUGUGUGGAGUGUGGUGGACACGCGGCUCUGCACUGUGCUGGCUGCUGCUUCCGCUACCCCGUCCAGUCCGCCCUCCUCCCCUGACGAGUCGCCAGCGGGUGGGGAACGUGAACAGAGUGAAGUGCGGUUGGGAACGGUGGAACAUCUUCUGUCGGCUCUAGAGGGGUGUGGCGUGGACAACUGUGUGAUUCGCGUGGAGGGCGCUGGCGAGAUGCCACUUCUGGACGGAUCAGCAGCGGAGUGGGUUGAACACAUCAUGGCGGCCGGCAUCCACCCCGCCACCCUGCACCGCUCCAACGGCACCACAGGCCAUGCUGCUACCGGCGAUGCUGGUGCUGCUGCUAAUGAUGCUGUGACUGUGGAGAGGAGAAGGUGGAAUUUGCCUGGAAACCAGCCAAUCACGGUGCAGCAUGGGGAUUCGUUCAUCGCUGCAUUCCCCCGAGCUUCACCGCUUCUCACCUAUGGCAUUGAUUUUCCACAUGUGCCGGCCAUCGGGCGGCAGUGGGUGUCGUGGGAGCCGUGCCGCUCACAGCAACCAGCACAAGCGCGAGCAGCAGAGCGACGCCAGGGCGGAGGAGAGGAACCAGGUGGAGCAGCAGAGCAGCCAGUGGGGGCAGCAGCGCAGGGCGAGCAUGGCGAGCAUGGAGAGCAGGGUCAGGAGUGUGGCGACUAUGUGUCGGGCAUUGCGCCGGCGCGCACCUUCUGCAUUCUCGAACAGGUGGAGCAGAUGCGAGCAGCGGGGCUCAUCAGGGGUGGCUCGCUCGACAAUGCCCUCGUGUGCAGCCAAGCGCGAGGGUGGGUGAACCCACCUUUGAGACUCCCUCUGGAGCCGUGCCGCCACAAGCUGCUGGAUCUCAUAGGGGACCUGGCGCUGUGGCCCCACUUUCUAAACUCGCCCCCACAACCCUCUCUCUCCCUCGUCUCCUCCGCCGUUCCCGUCUCCCCCGUCCAUGAGCAGGCGAGCCAUGCUCUGCACGUGGCGUUUGGUAAGGCACUUAUGGGCGCACUCGAGGCAGAGGCCAAGGGGCGUGGCGGGGCUGGGUAG